AUGUAGCUAGUAUACUGAAAGUGGGAAAAAGGAGACACACAGCAUUCAAGGAGGGGUAUGAAGGGAAGGAGACGGCACUCCUUGUGGAUAGAUACACAUUUAUGGACCUGUACCCCUGCUCCACAAGUGAACUGAAAGCUUUGGGAUACAAGGAUGUACCGAGAGCCAAACUGGCAGCACUAAUCCCAGACCCUGUGGUAGCUCCAUCCAUAGCCCCUUCGCUGAAGGAUGAUGUUGACCGAAAACCAGAGUAUCCCAAACCUGACACGUCCCAGAUGAUCCCUUUCCAGCCGCGACAUUUAGCUCCACCUGGACUCCAUCCUGUUCCUGGCGGAGUAUUCCCAGUCCCUCCAGCUGCAGUGAUCCUAAUGAAGCUGCUUCCUACCCCUAUUUGCUUCCAGGUUAGUGUGUAA